AUGCCUCAGACGCACCAGGUAUCUGACCAGCCUUAUUACUCUACCCUCGCAGCGGUUCUGAAGCUGUCUGGAGCAGUUUUUUCAAUCUGUCUGAGCUCCUUGAUCAUUUGGAUAGUGCGCCAACCAACGAGCGAUAACCAUACCUACUGCGACAUGAUCUCAGAUAAGGUGUACCAACUAUGCCACCACGACAAGACAGUAAGCUCAGAGCUUGCGAAGGAUCCAAGCCAAUCGCCGGCAAAGUUGUUUGAUAAGCUGUACCAUGAGCACAGGGUGAAGGAGAAGCUCGUUGAAACCGAGCAGUCGACCAAUGGCCAUCAAGAUGUUCUGCAGAGAGCGUAUGAAUGUGGGAACUGGGGAACAGCAAAACCGAGUAAUCUAUUUCUUAAGAUAUACCACGACGCUCUCUGUACGUUGGACAAGAAUCCUCUGGGAGGAGUCGUCUCUCCACCACUGAUGGGCAGUCACGGAGUCGUUCCCUUGACCAUUGUGGCCCCGUUGCCGGAUCUCUGUCGGCAUGUGGCAAACUGUAUCGCUCGAGCUGAAAAGGAGGUAUUCUUGGGUACCAAUUUUUGGAUCUACUCCGAUGCAUCGACCCUCGUAACCAACGCGUUUCGGGAACUGUCAAGACGAGCGGGCGAGCGGGGGAGCAAAGUGGUUGUGAAAGUGUUAUACGACCGGGGAAGUCCUCAACAGCUCUUGGAUAAUCACCUGAGCGUCGGUGAGAAGCAGUAUGCAGAUCCAAAUGGCAAGGUCCGACUGCCUCCUGCAAGUGAAAUCCCCAACAUUGACCUUCAAGUCGUCAACUACCACCGCCCUAUCUUUGGAACCUUUCACGCCAAAUUCAUGGUCAUUGAUCGAAGGGUUGCUUUGCUUCAGAGCAGUAACGUUCAGGACAACGACAACCUCGAGAUGCUGGUCCAUGUUGAAGGACCCAUUGUGGACUCGUUCUAUGACACCGCGCUGAUCUCGUGGGGGAAGGCACUCAAACCGUCCCUUCCAAUGCUGUCCUCUCCGGCCGCAAGCGCCGACAUUCCCAGCAUCUCUGCUCAGCAUGCAGAGGCUGAAUCGAAUGAAGACCUACGCUCUCCGUUACCUGAGCACACGACGCAGGAUCCUCAUUAUGAUUGUGAUAUCCAGCACGAGGCGCAAAGGGUCAACGACACGAUUCGUCCCCGAGCAGGGGAAUCAAAAACUCAAGCGGUCUCUCGCCAUCUGAAUACUACAAUUCAGCGAGACACAACCGGCGACGCCCCAGAUAGCGACCAGGAACCGCCAAUGCGACCAUACGUGACUCUACCACCUCACAAGCCAUUUCCUAUGGCCCUAGUCAACAGAGAACCCUGGGGAGCGCCAAACCAUACCAGCACCUACACUCCACAAAACUCAGCCUUCCUCUCCGCCUUCAAACACGCGAAGCACUCCAUCUUCAUCCAGACUCCAAACAUGAACGCAGAGCCAAUACUGCAGGCUCUACUUGACGCAGUCCGUCGCGGUGUCACCGUCACAUGCUAUCUCUGCCUUGGCUACAACGACACAGGCCAACUCCUUCCCUUCCAGAACGGAACAAACGAGAUGAUCGCGAACCGACUAUACCGCUCCCUGCAUACGGACGAAGAACGCUCGCGACUGCGCAUAUACAACUACGUAGGCAAAGAUCAGACCAAACCAAUCCACAAUAAAUUCAAAAAGCGAAGCUGCCACAUUAAACUUAUGAUCAUUGACGAGCGGGUGGCUAUACAGGGAAACGGAAAUCUCGACACGCAAUCCUUCUACCACAGCCAGGAAGUGAACAUCCUCCUCGACUCGCCGCUUGUAUGCCGUAUCUGGUUGGAGCAGAUAAACCAGAACCAGAACACGGCGAUUUACGGCGCUGUGAGCACCGAGGACGGGUGCUGGCAUGAUCCGGUUAGUGGUGAGAUACCCAAGGGCUCUAUUGGGAUUGACCCCGGACGCUUCAGUUGGGCUAAAGGGUUUGUUGGUGCUGUACAAAGGGUGAGAGGUCAACACAUUAAAUUCAGUAUCAUUAUCAGCAAUCUUUCAUUCUGUCGACGUGAGAGUACUCGAUCCUUCAACAGCAUGUCCUGCCCCUACGACAAACCCAUCGUCGACAUCACCCAGUAUGUAUUCCACUACCACCUCGACGACGAAAAGGCCUGGUCAGCUGCGCGUGUGGCCCUCCUAGACGCCAUGGGAUGCGCCAUCGAAACACUCUCGACGAGCGAGGAGUGCCAGAAACUACUGGGCCCGACUGUGCCAGGCACAGAGGUCCCGAACGGUUUCCGACUGCCAGGGACAAAUCUCAGCCUGGAUCCGGUCAAGGGAGCAUUCGACAUGGGCACUUUAAUCCGGUACCUGGAUCAUAAUGAUGCGCUAGGCGGCGCAGAAUGGGGCCAUCCCUCUGAUAACCUCGGCGCCAUCCUCGCAGUCGCAGACUGGCUAUGUCGCGCCUCCGCAUCAGGGAGGUACAAACACGCCGGCCCCCCACUCACAAUGCGCACGUUGCUCACCGCGCUCAUAAAAGCAUACGAGAUCCAAGGCUGCUACCAGAUCAGCAACGCCUUCAAUGCCUUUGGCAUCGACCACGUCAUCCUUGUCAAACUGGCCUCGGCCGCCGUCGUGGCCUGGCUCCUCGGUCUAACCGAGGAGCAGACGCUGGCGACGCUCUCGCAUGUCUGGAUGGAUGGCCAUCCGAGCAGGGUGUACAGGACGGGCGCGAACACGAUUCCACGGAAAGGGUGGGCGGCGGGUGAUGCGUGUAUGCGCGCGGUGCAUUUGGCUCUGCUCGUGCGUGCUGGACAGCCUGGUGCACCGACGCCGCUGAGUUCGUUGCCGUUUGGGUUCUAUGCGCGGACGUUUGGGGCGAAUGGGUUCGAGAUGCCGCGACCGUUUGGGGUGUGGGCGAUACAGAAUGUCCUGUUCAAGGUGAUGCCGGUUGAGGGCCAUGGAAUUGCGGCUGUUGAGGCGGCGCUUGUGCAACUUGGUAAGCUCCGGGCGAGAGGGCUAGGACCGGAAUGUAUUGCAAGGGUUGAGGUUCGGACGACCCGAGCGGCAGAUUCGAUCAUCAAUAAGCGAGGGCCGCUGCAUAAUGCUGCCGAUCGUGAUCAUUGCAUCCAGUACGUGAUUGCGCUCGCCUUUCUGAAGGGCUCGGCACCGGAGGCGAGGGACUAUCGAGAUGAGAGUUACUGGGCCAGGAGCGAGGAGCUGGCUUCUCUGCGAGAGCGAAUCUUCAUUCACGUUGACGAGCUCCUUACGAGAGACUAUUUGGAUCUAAACAAGAAAAGCAUCGGCUCCGCACUCACAGUUCACCUGCAGGAUGGCUCUGAACUGCCCGAAGUGUUGGUAGAGUACCCUGCCGGUCAUGUGCGAAAUCCUGUCACAACUCGAGCAGUGCAAGAGAAGUUCGCCAAAAAUAUGCGGCUAAUGUUUACCGAGAAGGAGACCUCGAAGAUCCUCCAAGAGGUUGAGAAGGACGACCUACUCAUCAUGGAUUUCGUCGAGCUUUUCGCGAGGCAAUCAUCACCAGGUCCGAGAUUGUAG